AUGGUUUCCAAGAAGGAGGCUUCGAUGGAAACACUCUACCGGACUGCAUCAAUACUCUCUAUAAUAUCUACGGCAACUAUCAUCUAUUUGCAUAUAGAUCUCCAUAGUGAACUGGAAGAAUGGAAUCAACAAGUUGAGACUGAAUUUCUCUCUAUAUCGGAACCAUUCAUCGAACUCAUGAAGCAACCGUCGCAACGACAGAAAAGAGGUUUUUACAACGUUGCUCCAUUCCAUAGAAGAGGUGCUGUAACUAUAUGCGACUGCUCCGUUAUUCAAUGUCCUAAGGGACCACGAGGUAGCACUGGGCCUGCUGGAUAUUAUGCUGAAGAUGGCCGUCCUGGAUUAUCUGGGGAGCCUGGGUUAAAUGGUUUUGACCUUGUUGAAGGCUUCGAUUGUCCGCCAUGCCCCCAAGGUGAAAGGGGUCGUAUCGGAUUCCCAGGAGAGAAAGGUGCCACCGGAAAACCUGGAAGACCAGGAUUUCCAGGUGAGAAGGGAAAUUUCGUGAAGGGAAGUAAAGGAGAGAAAGGAUUCCCGGGACUGUUUGGUUAUCCAGGAGAAAAGGGUAAUAAAGGACCUAAUGGCCAAGAUGCUGUUCGUCUAGUAGGUGUUCCUGGCUUGAAAGGGCUACCUGGUCCCCAAGGGGCUCCUGGAAGCCGAGGAGAUACUGGAGAAAACGGAUCGGAUGGUUUCAGCGGUUUGAUUGGUGAGGUUGGAGCUCCUGGAAAACCUGGAGAUCGAGGUCAUCCGGGAAUGAUUGGAAGACCUGGAAGUGAUGGUCAACCUGGUGAAGAUGCCAAUUAUUGUAAUUGUCCAUCACGCACAUUACUCGUUACGGACCCCCGGCCAUUUUCACAACUCAAUUGGGACAACUAUAGAGGAGGUUUAGUCCACACUCAGGCAAUCAAUAAGGAUUUAAACCGAGCAGAACGUCCAGAAAGAAUAGAAAGACCUGAAAAUGAGUAUGUCACCAAUUUGAAGGCAAAAAGUAGAUCUCCACCAAUAGUACAGUCAUACCGUCAAAAAACAUUUUCUUCCAAUCGCCCCUACAUAGAUUAUCGUGAGAGCUCCGAAAGAGGACAAUUGAAUGAAAUAAUACUUCGUCACGGACAAUCAUCAUCUCGAGACUUCAAUUAG